CGUAGCAGCACAGGUGAUUCCCGCGGCACCAGCCGCCCGCUUUUUACCUUUAUAUAGAAGAAUAGUCCCCCAUGGGAGUAGGGUAGCAGGACUUACUGCAGGCACAAAGAGAUAGGUAGAUAAGCAGAAGACUGCAAUGAGGCUCUUGUAGAGCAAAAUAUGGAGUGGAAAUUGGAAAAGAUGUCGUUCCCUAAAAUCAAAUCAGACGAGAAUGUGAUGUGGGAAAGUAUUAUGAAAAUUCUUGGAAGGAAUUUGAAAAGGAUCAGAAAAUCAAGUUUGCAGAAAACAAGCAAGACACCGGAGUUUGGAAAGAUGUCAUAUUCCAGAUUCAAAAGAAGCAUCUUUAGAAAACAUGCUCACCAGAUUCCUAUAGCAAGCAGCCCUAUCUCCAGCAGGUGGCACCAUUGUCAAGAUCAAAACCUAGAACACACAUUUAAUUAUCCAUCCACUGAACUAUCUUUGAGUUCAUCUGAUGACCAUUGCCGGACGCCCGAAAAGCUGGUAUUACUACCCUACCUGACAGAUGUAUCCGGUGCAAGUAAUCCAGACUGUGAUUCUACACCAGCCAUAUCAGAUGAUGUCGGUACCCUAAGUCUACCUAAGAAAUCCAUCAGGAGGUGUCUACAAAAGAAGUUGACGUUUUGCCAUCCCCAGAUACAGUUUGGAGCUAUAGGAGAAUAUCAGGGAGGAUCAUCUAAGGAACAUGACAGUAAUAUCCGAAUAUGUGAGCGAGGCACGUGUACAUUGAGAGAUUGUCAACAAUGUAAGAUAAAAAUCUCCGCUGAUACCCACUUGCAGCCAGAAGUGAGACUCCACGUGACUGGGCUGCGGAAUGAUUACUAUUUAAACCUCCUCGAUUGGAGUUCAGAAAAUCUUGUUGCCAUAGGAUUAAAAUCAGCAGCAUAUAUCUGGAAUGGUGAAAAUAAUAGCGUGGCUCAAAGUAUUCCUUUACAUUCACCGUCAACGUACGUUUCAUCAGUGUCCUGGUUAAAUGCUGGGACAUGUCUGGCAAUCGGCACAAGCAAUGGAGAAGUACAGCUGUGGGACAUUGAGACACAGAAGAGGCUCAGGAACAUGCAUGGACAUAUGUCUGUAGUUGGAGCUCUAAGCUGGAAUCAGCACAUCCUAAGCAGUGGCUGCAGGCUUGGCAGCGUACACCACCAUGACGUCCGCAUGGCACAACACCACAUAGGCAGUCUACGUCACAAGCAAGGCAUUUGUAGUCUAAAGUGGUCACCGUCGGAAAGACACUUUGCCAGUGGGUCAAGUGAUGGGCACCUCAACAUCUGGCCCUGUGAUCUAGGAUCAACCAAGCUUAGCACACCCUUGCAGAGCAUUGUGAGUCCCACAGCAGUAAAGGCGAUAAGUUGGUGUCCAUGGCUCCCAGAAACUCUUGCCAUUGGCGGUGGAAUGACCGAUGGACAUAUACGUAUUUGGGACACAUGUAAUGGGAAAAACAUACACUCAACCAACACCAACUCUCAGAUCUGUUCCAUCCUGUGGCUGCCUGACACUAGAGAGCUGGUCACUGGUCAUGGAUACCCAAGAAACCAAAUGACUAUUUGGGAUUACCCAACUUUAUUAAAAGUAAAUGAUGUGCACGGCCACAGAGGAAGAGUUCUGCACCUCGCAUUGAGUCCAGAUCACAAGAGGAUCUUUUCCGCAGCAGCGAAUGAAACAUCUUUUAUAUGGAAUUACUGCAAAUAAGAAAACAGAAAAAGAACAAGAAUUAUUAAUGAUCACAAGAUUAUGAAAACUUAGAUUCUUUUGGGAUUUUCAUGCUGGGUAAAAUAAGAGCUGUGAAUUUAAAGUUCUUUCCAUAUGUGAAUGUGAAUGUUAUGAAUCGUAUUCUAAUCAGGAGCAACUGUUUUAACUCCCUUCCCAGUAAUGCCCCUUACAAAACUAAGCUGUGGCUUUAAAAUUGCUAUUAUUAUGACAAAGGCUACAAUGGUUUUUACAUCUCGAUGUAUUCAAGUUAGGAUAUCCUUUAUAAUGCCGGAACAAGGCAUAUUGGCAUUCAAUACAAAGGGGGAGAUGUACUAAGCAGUAAAAAG